UGGAGCGCGCCGCUCGGCCACUCGGUGACACUUCUCUCCUGCUCCUCUCUCCAGCGUUCCCCGCGGGUCGGUGAGAGGCGGAGGGGCCCCCUUAGUCGCCCCUUCGUCCCGUGGCGGUCGCGCGCGCUUCGGCUCGCCGACGAAUGACGGAGUCGGAAGGGCCGUGGUCGUCGCAGCCAGCUAGGGGCCAGGUAACGAUCCACGCUCGAGGGAAAAUCGUAGGCGGGGCCUAAGGUCGGUGGACACGUGACACGGAAACUGUCACGCCGCCCUUGCCCUCCACUCGUGCACGUUCCCCCACCACUCGGCCAGGGACCGAAAUCCAGCGCGUGACCCAACGGAGUCGGACCGAACGCGUCGUCGCCCACGCUGACGUAUAGGAACGUUAUCCUCGAUUCUACUAGGACUCGACGAGGAUCAUACGAACGCCAGGAAUCGAGGAUGAAUCAUGAAUGAAUGCUUCAGAACCGCAGAAUCCGCUAUGCGCGUCAAGCAGCUCGCACGACGCUGACGCGUAAACCGCGAUGCUCCUCUACCCUACGGUCCCUUCCGCUUCGUGACUUCUUCGAGAUCCAGGACGUCUCUUGGAGAGAUCCAACAAACUUCCGCAUGCGAAUAAUGCGCAUCCGGUUCGAUCGUCGCUCGUGCACCACAGUGUCUCCCGUCUUCCCACUCGCCACGUACGAUUUCGCAUCCGCUCGACGAUCGACCGACGACUAUCCGCAGUACCUCAAUCCCGCGUUCAUUUUCCCGAUUUUUCCCUCGGACAAGGCGAUGAUGCCUCGGUCGUCGCGAUCGCUCGAGCAAUACCGUCGCCGCGGCACGCGCGACGCGUGAACCCAGAGCUCGCGAGAGAGGAUGCAGCAGGCCAGCGUGGGCGGCUGCGACGAGGAGAUCGGUGCGAGUAGUCCCCGAUCGGCGAGUUCGCCGACAAGUUUCGCGAUCAAGAGCGAGCCCGUCGUCGGCAGGGGCGACGGGGUGCGGGUUAAGGUCGAGAUGCCCGAGCCCACGGAGGCCGGCGUCGAGGUGAAAGGCGAGCCGCGGGACGACUAUCAGCAGCGGCAGCCGAGCGGCAACGACGGCGCUUAUCAUCACUACAACGACAAGAAGCCGCCAUACGUAUCGGACGCGAGUGGACAGCCGCCGCAUCCCGGUUACCGUCCCGUAGGACUCGCCGGUUCCUUCGGCUUCCCUGCGUUCUACGGACACCAUCACCACCAUCAUCACCCAGCCGGCGUCGCGAUGCCGGCGUCGUUCCUGGCGACGCCCGGGCGACCUUCCCCGGAAGUGCCGCCGAUUGGCAAGAUGAUCGGCGACGGCCGCGAGCAGACGACGACGACGUCGUCGACGACGACAGCGCCGCAUUUGGAUCGGCAUCCCACCUACAGCGGCCGAAUGCCACUACCGAUUCCCAAUGACGGCUUUCUGCACCCUCACGAACAGCAUCAUCACCGUUUCGACCCCGCCGACUUCCCGCACACCGGCGUGCCCUACACAGGGUUCCGAUCGGCCCCGACGUUGCGCUCGCCAUACGGUCAUCAAAACAACAGUGCAUAUAGCAGAAGCGGACACUAUCAUCAUCCGGGCAGACAGCGCAAAUGGAGUGUCGCCGCGUUCCGCGGUCUGCAUCCACCGAUGCCCUGGCCCACGUGGUUUUUCCGGCCAGAUCUCUCGCUGGGCACGCCGUUGUCGACAUCAGGUCACGGCCCAAAUUCAAGUAACGUGCCCACCUCGUCGCCGCUGCCAUCCCGGACGCAUCUGGACGUCCCGAAGGCGCCGGAGCUUCCCCCAAGCAGUAACAACAAAGUCCAUGGACAGACGCCAACGAUAUGCACCGCCAUUCGAUGCACAGUGAACGGCUGUUCCUGCGAAUCCUUUACACCCGGUAAACGUCACCUGCGCUACUGCGAGAACUGCCAUCACGGCUGGGUGCCUCACGGUAAGCAAAGAUGCGAUUGGCUAAUUAGCGGCAUCACCUAUCGGUCAGGUCAGGGUCAACGUUAAUGGGGGACGGGAUGAAAAAUGCGUGCUGCUCAUUGAUAGUCAGUGAAAGUGCGAAUUUUCGUGCUCUCUGAAAACGCCGCGAGACACAGAUUUCUCUUACAAUCGAUUAUUGGCAGGGUUACGAUUCCGAUCUAACCCUAGCUCGUCACGCUUCACGAUACGUUGCGAAUUCGUCGCAAUUUCUCCGAAUACCCAAGGGGCGCGAUUUGAAAUUGGUCUUGCCGCGUCAAGUCCAAGAUAUACUUCGCGAUCAACACAAUUUUCGAGACAGAAACAUUACGUGCGUUUAUUGGAUUCUCCACAUUCUUUACGUAAAAUCAAUAAUAUCAGGCAUGGCAGAGUUGCGAGUUUUAUUGGUUCUAAUAAUAUAAUACAUGCCAAGAAACGGAGAAACUGCGAGAAGUCCAAACGGACUAUCGCUGCAAAUGAGAGGUCAAUCAUCGUCCGUUCCGCAGAAAUCCUCAGGCCUCAAACUCGGACAGCUCUCGGACAACGGAAAGACACGUGUUCCCUCCAUUGUGCCAUUCAGCGAGUGUCGGCAGAGUCGGUAGUAAAAACAAUUUAAAAGAUCAAGUUUCGGCAGGUGGCGGGUUUGAAAAAAAAAGAAAGAAAAAGCGAUACUAGGAUUCACGUGGAAUCCGAGGCUCGUCCCGUCAUUCGGCGAAAGAAACGAGACGAAAGGAAGAGAGAAAGAGAGAGAACCAUGCAAAAAGAUCCGCGAGCGACGAAACGAACGAGCGACUCCGCGUGCCGGAAGUCGCGGCGGCGAACGAUGCCUCAAAUCGCUCAGAGAAUCGUCGUCUCCGCUCUGGAGCUGUUACGUAACGCGAAACUGUCCGUUCUGAGAGGCCCGGCGCGGCGAGAAGGCGUGACCGAUCGCGGCUGGCCUUGGCACUCGUAAUUUAUGCGGGAUUUGUCAUCGCGCCGGUGAAAUCGAAGGGGGCCCGAUCUCCGGCGACUCUCUCUUUUUCCCAUCGCGGGGAGCCUCCGGAGUGUUCGUCACGGCGGCACGGCACAGCGCAGCCUCAAGAAUAGGAGUCACGCCUAUCCUCGAAAAUGGAAGAUGCGGGAUAAUUAGCCACCGGCUUGUUGGCUAAUGCAUCCUUUUGUCUCCGUACGGCACGUUAUCUGAUGACGAGGGACUCCGGUAGCCCUCGCGCCGCAUCGGAGCUCACCUCGUCUCAAGAUAAGGACGUCCGAUACGUCCGCGAGGUGGAAAAGCUCUCGAGAGA